AUGGCUCUUUUGCUCGGCCCUUUUGCCAGUCGAGCCCGCGUUGUGUGGCAUGGUGUCACCAGCAUGCCAGCAGGCAUGGGCUUUAAUGAUGCCGCCUCGCUGCCUAUGGUUUUUUUUAAACCGCCCGGCGGUGUCGGACAGGCGGCAGUCAUGCUGGCCAAGGACUACCUGGGUGCUGAAGUAUACGCCACGGCCGGCUCCCAAGAGAAGCGUGAUCUGCUGACGCGCGAAUACGGCAUCCCACCAGAGCGCAUAUUCAACAGCCGCGACGCCUAUUUUGCGCCUGCGCUCCUGCAGGCCACGGGUGGACGGGGCGUUGAUGCUGUGCUGAAUUCACUGGGUGGCUCUCUCUUGCAAGCCAGCUUCGACGUGCUCGCGCCAUUUGGCCACUUUGUCGAGAUUGGCAAGCGCGACUUGGAGCAGAACAGCCUAUUAGAGAUGGGAACAUUUACACGCGCGGUUUCCUUUACAUCCCUGGAUAUAAUGGCCUGGCUGCGACAGCGUGGUUGCGAUACGCACCGUGUUCUUACCGAGCUCGGACGCCUCGCAGAACAGAAGAUUAUUCGGCCUGUUCAAUCCAUCAAUGUUUACCCCAUGUCCCAGGCAGAUAAAGCUUUCCGACUCUUGCAAACCGGCAGGCACAUUGGUAAAUUGGUCUUGUCUACGGAGCCUGAUGCGCUGGUCAAGGUGCUGCCUCGUCCGGUCGCAGCCAAAUUCAACUCUGACGCAACCUAUCUCCUUAUUGGUGGUGUUGGCGUUCUUGGUCGAUCUCUUGCCAGCUGGAUGGUUGACAACGGCGCCAAGAACCUUAUCCUGCCGUCUAGGAGCGCAGGCAAGCAGGACAGCAGCUCUUUUGUUGCUCAGUUACGCGCAGUCGGCUGCUGUGUUGCUGCCAUCCGUCCCAAGGUAGAUGCAACUUGGAAUCUCCACUCACGCUUCUCCCAGCGCGGAUCUCUUGAUUUCUUCAUCAUGCUGUCCUCACUCUCGUGCAUCCUGGGUUGGGCUAGUCAGGCCAGCUACGCCGCAGGUGGCACCUACCAGGACGCCUUGGCACGCUGGCGCUGCGCGUCUGGGCUGCCCGCUCUGUUCCUCGAUAUGGGCAUAAUCAAAGACGUUGGCUACGUCGCUGAAUCCCGCAACGUGUCGGAUCGCCUGCGCAAGGUCGGCCAGUCGGUGAGGCUGGACGAGGACGCGGUGCUGCGGACCGUAGGCACUGCCGUCAUCCACCCGUUUGGCCGUCCCCAGAUCCUGCUGGGUCUUAACUCUGGACCCGGCGCCCACGGGGAUCCCAACAGCGACUCCCAGAUGGGCCGCGAUGCGCGCUUCAUGCCCCUAAGGAAUCGUCAGAGGCUGGUCUCUCGCUCCAAAGCGCACACGUCGGGCGACGACGCAGAUUCCGAGCCGCUGUCGAUCAAGCUACAGUCGGCUGAGUCAACAGACGAGGCGGCUGGCUUUGUCGGCGGUGCCAUUGCCGCCAAACUGGCGGACAUUUUCAUGAUCCCCGUCGACGACAUUGACCUCGAGAAGCCGCCGUCAGUGUAUGGAAUUGACUCGCUUGUGGCUGUCGAGCUGCGAAAUAUGCUGGUUUUACAGGCAGCUACCGAUAUAUCCAUCUUUAGUAUCCUGCAGAGUGUUUCGUUGGCAGCGUUGGCGGUUGAUGUCGUGGCUAAGAGUGCCCACAUCAAGAUUGCGCCUGCUACAGUUGUUGCAUAG